UGCAGCUCAUUGUUUUUCCACCGGUGCCGCCUGGCGAGCGUUAUAUGAGGCGCAUUUAGCUUUCAUCCCUGUGAUGUCACAGGGGUGAAAAGGAAACGGCUGGACUACAAACAAGCUGUUUUCAAUCAGUUCAGAACAGAGGUUUCUGUAGGAGAUGGGAACUGCCUUUGGGCUGGACUUUGGGCUUUUUAACUUUGCAAACCUAUUACAUGCACAAAAAAGGUAUAUAACUCAAUAAAGGAGAGGGAAAAAGCCAAAGAGCAUAAUACCACCUUUUUAAAUUAAAAUUCAGGCCAGAUCUUACACAUUGAACCACAUUGAUUUAAGAAUUUGCACCACAUGAGCACAGAGGCCUUUCUGACACAGAGACAUUUUUCAAGACAGGGACUCAAAAUUAGGUAUUAAAGCAUAAUACUAUUUGAAAAUGUAAGAAUUUUGUUGUUAAGGCUUGAUAUAUAUCUAAUCUGUUAUUUCAGACAAAAACUGAGCCUGACAUCCUUUUAAGUGCAUUAUUGUAUCAAGUUGUCAUUUUUCUGCUUCUGAAGAGUAUGUUAGGCAUGAGUAUACAUGUAAGUGUUUCUUGAGUGAAGCCAGACACAGGCUGUAGCCCUAGAGCACUGAGGGAUACGCACAGUGUGACAGCCAGUUCUGACAAGUGCCACAGCCCUCAUUGAUCUCCCAUCUCUGUUUCUGACAUGCUGUUUGUAGCACAGGGCUCUUCCCCAGACUACAGUAAAUGAAUGUGCAAGGGCACGAGUCAAUUUCUCCUGCUGUGACAGAAAAGUCCUUAUAGCUGACUGUCUGGUUAACUGAGGGAGAGAAUGAGGGAGUAUCCAUUAUUAUGCCAAGGUAUAGCUCUUUGUGUUGUUGUUAAACAUAGGGAUCAAUGAGGGAGCUGCUACCACAUGUCCUUCCCCUUCACCAUCUUCCCUUAGGCUCAUCAGCACGAUAAAUCUCACUAGUUGACUUGCUUGCAAGGAUACAUCUUCCCUUCUGUGUUUUACCAGCUGCCCAUACAUGUGAGGACUUUAAAACUCACCAUGUCUCACCUAUAGGCUGCUGAAUAAAUCAGAAAUGCAUCCCUGCUCUCACUGCACAAAUGUGCAACAUGUCUAACCAGCAUAGAUUCAUGCUUGCAAAAGUAGAUAAUCACUUCGCAAACAGACACACUAAUAGAUAAUUUCCCUGCUCCAAUGAUUUGUCUUCUUGUGAUGAUACUCCCCUUGCCUUCUCUGUCUCCCAUGCACUCUCCCUAGCACCCCUUGGGAAAUGUGAGCCCAGAGUGUAAGCAGUGGGAACACCCUUUAGCUCAGGACUAUUCCAGGCUGUGCUGCACUUAUUAUGGGCUUUAUGGACAGCCACAUAUAUCCCUUUCAUAUAGCCAGAUGGGGGGAAGGUGGGAAAGCCUAGUGAUGCAUUUAAGGAUGAGGUGAGGAGUGGCCAAGUGGUGCGAGGGUUUGGGGCUAUAAAAGAGCUUUUCGAAGUGCUUGGCUACAAGCUGACUGAUUCACUUAAACUACAACACGGCCUACAGCCUGCUCCUGUUUGCACCUGAAGACUAAAGACAAGAAAAGCUCAUCAAAGCUCAGCCGGAUGGUGCAUCUUCUGUAUCUUGUAAAAAUAUGCAGUAUGGAUGUAAGUACCUCAUCAAAUUCUCAGAUCUCUACACUGCAUUCUGACGCUCUGUGUGGCAGCUGCCCGUCCCCUGGUUCUGUCCCACAGGCUAACAGCCUUUGGCCCAGCCUGCCACCGUCUGGUGCUGGGUUCCCUUCAUGGCCGGGACAGCCCACCCAGCCUGCACCGUGCUGGACUGGCCAGCCAAACACACCCUGCUGGCCUGGGACACAACCAGCUCAGUUCUCUUUCCCUGCACCAAGUUCAGCUCCAGCCCAGGGUCAAGCUAUAACACCAGCCCCUGCAUCUCCCACACCCAUGGUCCCAGCUCCAGCUCCGGCUCCAGUGCAGCCCUGCCAGCCUUGCUGGCCAGGCACCCAGUACCAGCUUCCCCAGCCACCAGCUCCAAUUCAAGCUCAAGUCCCUGCUCAAGUUACAGCUCCAACUCCAGUCCCAGCACCUGCUCCUGCUACUGGCAUCCAUCCAAAUGUACCAGGUUGGCCUGCCCACCCUGGUUGGCCUUAUAACCCAGGACAGUCAGGAUGGCCUGGACAGACUCCAUCUAUCAUGCCUCAGCACUGGCUUCCACCUACAUCUGGACCUCUCAGUGUGCCAUACAACUUGAACCUGGCCCGAGGAGUCUAUGACAAGAUGAUGAUGACCAUUUUGGGCCAUGUUAAACCUAAUGCUAAAAUGUUCACAGUGAACUUUCUGAAGGGCAAUGACAUUGCCUUUCACAUCAACCCCCGCUUCAGUGAGGGGGGCAAACAGGUGCUGGUCCGUAACCACAAACUGGGUGAGCGCUGGGGCUCAGAGGAGAGGGACCUGAAGGGACCCUUCCCCUUCGCUCUUGGGAGCCCAUUUGAGAUGAAGAUCCUGUGCACUCGUGAAGCGUUCAGGGUGGCGGUGAACAACAUCCCGCUGUUUGAGUUCCGACACCGCGUGAGAGAGCUCAACCAGAUUGACAGAAUCAACAUCCUGCAUGACGUCGUCCUCACCUACGUCAAUGUAGAGACACUUCCAUAGGAAGAAUUCUAUUACUCAUACAGUACAUGAAUCAACACAUCAAGGACUCAGUCAUGCAUACGAGUCUGUAAAUGCAAAUGAGCAGAAAUGCAUACAAAGAAAUUUGCAGACACACACAUAUAUAGGCUACAACUUACAGGACGUAAAUUUAUUUAUCAUGAUGCUUAAAGACUGAACAAAUAAAUGUGAUAGUUUGUGGUGUAAUAAUAAUAACAUGAGCUGAGCUCAUUCUAUAAUAUACUUCAGUAAGAUCAAACUCCUUCCUCUACCACACAGCUAACAAUUUAAUACAAGGUUUUCUUUUUCAGUAUGAAGAUGCUACUGCUACUGUAUUUAUUGUGUACAAUAUUUUCUAUAUUAUUAAAUUGCUACUAAUUGGGAGUUAUACAUCUACCUAUUUUGUCAAAAAACAACAACAAUGAGGUCUAUUAGAUGGCAAUUAGGCUCUGUUAACUGUAACAAAAUGUAAUAAAAUUAUCAGUCAGAAA